AUGUCGAACGUACUGGAAAUCGACGAGUCAAUAAUAACGAACAAUUUAUUGCUACCAGAGAACAAGCAACAAGACGAAGAUUUAAACAGUCUCUUAAAAAGUUUCGAAUCUCCAGCAUCAGUGACCUUUAAGCCGACUCCAGGAGUCUGCAUCAAGGCUAAAACUGACAAAAAUGAAAAGGUAUUUAUAAACUUGUGUCACACUAAGGAAGUUCCUGCCCCCGAGGACUUGACAGAUAUUGAGUUCGAGAACAUGCUGAAAGAAGAACCUCCGUCUUGGUCGAUUCCCAUGAGCGUCGGCUACGAGAGGUUCGAGUCCGCGAAAGACGGGACCAAGUGCCCGACCUACGACAUUGCCAUCAACAGCGAGUACUUCCAGAAGUGCGAGAGCAAGUACCACUUCAUGCAGUUCACCAUCUGGACCAUUCUGUCCGCGAUCGAGGCCAAGUACGACAAGGUCCUCAGUGCUGAUAACUUUGUUAUCCUCAAGAACCGCAAGGUCAACGGAACACUCCACGAGCACCGGGUGGAGAAGCGCAAGCCCAAGAAACCCAAGGAGCUGCUCCAGGAACGCAAGCCGCUGAUUCAAGAAAUUAAGUCUGGGGUUAAAGACGCUGCGGUUAACCAGGAUUCCUAUGUGCUGCUGAGGGAACCCAAGGAGGGACAGAUGUUGAAGAGUAUCGGGUACUUCAGGCUUCCUAACAAGGUGGUCGAUGAUAAAGACAUCAAGGUCCAAGUCAACCAGGAGAGGGUUGUUGUUAAUGUUGAUAAAUUCCACUACCUUGUUGAUCUCUUCGUGCCUUUUAGUAUUAAAACUGACAAAGUUUCUGCUCAUUAUGAUCCUAAUUUACAGGUUUUGAGACUCGAGAUGCCAGUACUUUUGGGAUAG